GGGACAGAUUUACAUGGAACAACUCUGACCGUCACAGCUCUCCAAGUGCAGGUGAUAAGAACUUCAGUCAGCCAGAACACAACAUAUGCAGAGCUGAAAUGUCACAGCAGCUGCACUCCAGCUGCCAGUGAUGGUUACAUCUGGUUCAGGAAUGGACAGAGAGUUGACCAUGGAAAAGAUACUUACAAAGGCUCAAUUUAUCCUGCAGACAAUAUCUCCUGUGCAUUCUCCCACCAUGAGGAACAUAGAGCUCCAGAAGUGUAUGCUCCAGUGUCUCCCUAUGUGUCAGCUGAACCCUCUGGUGACAUAUCUGAGGGAAACCAUGUAACUCUAAAGUGCAGCAGUAAAGCUAAUCCACCCGCUAACAACACGUGGUACAAGAAGACUAAAUCAUCGACUCUUCAACCUCUCAGUGGGGACUCACAUUUUUCCCUGAGAUCCAUCCAAUCGUCUGACUCUGGGGAAUACUGCUGUGUAGCCAGGAACCAGCUGGGGGAAAGCCAAUCAAGAUUCCUUAGUGUUGAUGUGAAAUAUGCUCCGAAACGUGCAGAGAUGUCACUGAGUCCCACAGAUGUGGUGGAGGGUAUUUCACUAAGUCUGACCUGCAGAGGUGAUGGUAACCCAGCACCUUUUUACAGUUGGUACAGAAACAACCAAACGAUGCUUCAAGGACAAGGAGGUGUGUAUCAAUUUCCUUCUGUCAGGUCUGAGGACAGCGGGACCUACCAUUGCAAGGCUGAGAACAAAUAUGGACCGGUCAACUCCACAUCUGUCCAUAUAAACGUGGAGUAUUCUCCAAGGCUUCCCUCUGUGUCUGUGGAUCCUCCUGGUGAGGUAGCAGUGGGCAGUUCAGUGAACCUGAGGUGCAGCAGCGUUGCUAACCCAGCAGCUACUUAUACCUGGUAUAAAGAAGACAUGACUUCACCAGCAGCAGAUGGACACGUCUUUACCAUUGUAGACAUCAGACGUGAACAUGCUGGAAAUUAUUACUGUCAAGCCAGAAAUAGCAGGGGACACAUUGACUCUAUCCCACAUCUGAUUGUGGUUUCAAGUUCAGCUACAGCUGCUGUUGUUGGAUCCAUCACUUUUCUACUCCUGAUUGCUUUAUUUUUGUCUGCCUUCAUCAUUUUUAGAAGAAAGAUGGCUUCAAGGCGAACUUCCGAGACCAAAGAAAGACCAGGAGACGGGACGAAGAGCUCGGGUCAGAAUUCAGGUGGUCAGCUGGAGACUCCGUCAACUGCAGCAGUCGGAAAUUCAACAGAUCAAGAUGACAUCCACUAUGCUAGUGUACAAUUCUCUAAAAAACAAGAGGACCCGGUCUACUCCAACUUUAUGCCAGCCAAACCCAAAACGCAUCAAAAUGAGGAGGACGUAGAGGUGGAGUAUUCAAUGGUCAUGAUAAAGAACACUCCUUGUCUGAGACGUCCUGGUGGUUCUGAGGAUUCAUGUGCACUGUACAGCACAGUCAACAAAUUAUAAACGACAGUCCAUCCGUGACU